AUGAAAUAUCAACCCGCACCAUUCGGUAAUUCGCUGCUCAAGCAGUUUCCUCUAGAACCGACCUUUAGAAACUUGAAUCUUCGUCUCUGCCGCUAUCCUUCCGUUCGGUACAUGGCGCCCUCUCGUCUCUCCCGGUUCCGUGAGCUCCAGGACAAGUUCGAAGCAAGCCCGGAUCGAUUCCUUCGCUUCGAGCUGGCAUUCUACCUGCUUGAGUCUCGCAAGGCAGUGGGAUCGUUGCUGAACACUCCCGUCGACUCAACCGUCUUCGUCAAGAAUGCUACCACAGGCAUCAACACUGUUCUGCGGAACAUCGUCUACCAGCCGGGAGAUAUCAUCGUCUACUUCUCUACCGUGUACGGGGCGGUAGAAAAGACCAUUGCCUCGCUGGCGGAAACCACUCCGGUGCGCGCUCGCAAGGUCAAGUAUGAGUUCCCUAUCACGCAUGAGCAGCUGGUAGAGAGGUUCAUGGAGACAGUGAACAAAGCUAGAAGAGAAGGGCUGAAUGUUAAAGUCGCUGUGUUCGAUACCAUCGUCAGCAGUCCUGGCGUCAGGCUUCCGUUCGAGAGACUCACGGAGGUAUGCAAGAAGGAAGGCAUCCUAAGCUGUAUCGACGGUGCACACGGAGUCGGACACAUCCCUUUGGACCUAGCCAAGUUGGAUCCAGACUUCUUCGUGAGCAACUGUCACAAAUGGCUCUUCGUCCCUCGGGGCUGCGCUGUAUUCUACGUCCCUGUCCGCAACCAACACCUCAUCCGCACUACUGUCCCGACAUCCCAUGGCUUCGAGCCUGUCCCGGGUAUCAUGAAAACCGGCUCUGAGAUAGGUGAACCGGAAGAACCUUUCUCAAAGCCCAUAGAUGCCUUCUUCACUCAGUCAAACUUUGAGCUCCAGUUCGAAUUCACCGGCACAAACGAUGAUCUACCUUUCCUCUGCGUCCCUGAAUCCAUCAAGUACCGCAACGAGGUAUGUGGCGGUGAAGAAAAAAUUAUGAACUACUGCCAAACCCUUGCCUUCGAGGCAGGGAAUCGCGUUGCUCAGAUAUUCGGCACAGAUGUCCUCGGUGAAUUCUGCUCGUCUGGCACCGGCAAGUUCGACCCUGAGAAAGAGAAGCAGAGUGAAUUCCGUAAAUGUGCGUUUGCAAAUAUACGGCUUCCCAUCACUAUUGUCGACGACCAGGAGGUUGCUCAGGGUAAACUAUCUCGACCUGAGUGGCCUGCUGUCAAAGUGGGAGAUGCAGUGCGUGCUUGUCGAUGGAUGGAACAGCAGCUAGUUCUCAAGCAUCAUACGAUGUCUCCUUGCUAUGUGCAUGCUGGCUCCAUCUGGACCAGACUUAGUGCCCAGGUGUAUCUGGAAUUGAGUGAUUUCGAAUGGCUGGCUGGUGUGUUUAAGGAGGUUUUCAAACAGCUGGCUGUUGAAAACGGUGUGUUCAGUUCGGAUAUCAAGGGAAAACUGUAG